AUGUCGAGUGGCAACUUAAGGAAAAUCGCUGAAGAUAAAAAAGCGUAUUUAUUCAAGUCAAUCAAUAUAUUCAGAAACAGCUUUUCAACGAAACUUAAAGAAGAGAACCUUAAUCAGGAUUCUAGCUUUGGGCCAUGAUUUAAAGAGCCACCUAGUAAAAAGAGCAGUCAAUUACGGAAAAAAUUAGAAGAGACAAAUAAAAGUGAGCCAAAACCAUUAAUAAUAUAUAGGAGAGUAAAUUCGAAUAGAGUUAUAUCAGUGAUCAGACGACGAGAAUUUGAUCCACUAUCAAUAAAAGAGCUUAAACAAAUUUCUUUACUCUCCCUUAAAUUGGAACAAAACAUCAAAUAAAAUUUGCAUUUUUUUGUUACUUUGAGUCCCUUUUAAUUGGAACAAAAUUUGUUUUAGGAUAAUUUUAUCAAUGAAAGUACUAAUUAUUAUAAAUUAGUUUUGACCUAAUUUAAUAUACAAAAUGCAAAGAGAAUGCUAUUUAAACAAUUUUUACACUGAAUCAAUUAAAUUUUUUAUAUAAUUCUUUAUAAAAAUAAAUAAAAUUCAAACUAUUCUAUUGUUUUAUAUUUCUUAAAAUUAUAAAAAAAAAUUAAAAAACAAAUUAAAGAUGAAAAUACAAAUGUUUUAUAAAAUUAAUUUUGGCCUAUUUUGAUGGAAAAAAUGCUAUUUUAAACAAUUUUUCCACACUUAAUCAAUUAAUUUUUUAAUGUUUCUUUAUAAAAAGAAAUUAAAAUUCAAAUUAUUGUUCUCAAUUUAUUUAAAAUUUUUUAUAUAGAAAAAUUUAAUUAUAUUUUAAAAAAAACUCUCCCCUUUAAAUUGGAACAGGAUUUUUUGUUCUAAUUAAAGGGUGGGAAGAGUUAGGAGAAAGAGGUCAUGGAGUUAAAGACAUGAAAUAUAAUAAUGAGCAUCAAAAUGUUUUAAACCAUAAACCAUCCCUUUCUUUAUCAAGCGGAAGAUCCAGCUCUCAUAGAAAACUGCCAAAAAGAGAAUUUUCAAAAAUUUUUGACCAGGAAAGAAAUAAUGAAACUUCUGCUGAUAAAAACUCGAAAAAAGUAUAUUUUGAAUAUGAAAUACCUCGAGCUGUCACUGCGUUUAAUAUUGACGCAGGGGAAAUGGCUGAUAAUAAAGCAAAUCACAGUUUAUUAAGGUAUAGAGUUAUUUCAAAUUCUCUUUCUACUUUGGAUUUAAAAGAAAGUGAACCGAAGAUUGCUCCUGAGAGAUAUCAAUUUUUGAAAAAAAUUGCAAAUCGAUAG